CUUCGCGAUCGAUGGUAAUACAAGACGUCGAAUCAGCGAACUUACCUAAAGGCAUAGAACUGAUAAAUUUGAAAAAAAUGUACGGCAAGAAACCCGUAGUUAAAAACCUGAGCAUGAAAAUAUAUCAAAAUCAAAUUACGGUAUUGUUGGGUCAUAACGGUGCUGGAAAAACUACCACGAUGGGAAUGAUAUCAGGAAUGAUCAAUAAAACCAGUGGGAAAAUUAUAAUCAAUGGUGUGGAAGUAAAAUCGAGAUCCGACAUUACCAAAUCUGUCGGUCUCUGUGCUCAAGAAAACCUAUUUUUUUCCCAUUUGACCGUGCAAGACCACUUGAUGACUUUCGCAACUUUAAAAGGACAAAAAAGGGAUAAGAGCAAGCGCGAAAUACGAGAACUAUUACGCAGAUUAAAUAUGGAAGGCAAAGAGAACUUUUUGGUGUCUAAACUUUCUGGCGGCAUGCAAAGAAAAUUAUGUCUCGGGAUGGCGCUUGUAGGUGGAUCCCAGAUUCUGAUCCUGGAUGAGCCAUCGUCAGGAAUGGAUCUAGAAUCACGCAGAGAUCUGUUCGAUAUGCUGCAUAAGUGGAGAAGUCAAAAAACUAUCCUGAUCACCACGCAUUCGAUGGAAGAAGCCGAUGCGCUUGGCGACUGGAUCGCCAUAAUGAACGAAGGAGAGCUGGUAUGCUUUGGUACACCAAUGUUUCUGAAAAAGAGAUACGAAACCGGAUCCACUUUAGUUGUGCUAAUUAAAAGGAAUAGGAACGUGAAACAAGCGGUUCAAAAAAUCGAAUAUCUUUUAAGAAAUGAUUUCAACUUCAAAACAGCGAAAUGCAAAGGUAUCAACGGCAAUGAAGUACGAUUUUUUCUACCGUCCGGUAGUUACAUCAGGCUGUUCGAGUAUCUUGAACCCAACAAGAGCCAAUAUGACAUUGAGAAUAUUUCAUUUACUAGCACCACGCUUGAAGAUGUAUUUUUAAGUCCCAAGGUGACUCAGCAGGAAGAGGAAAAAGAAGAAAGUCGCAUCCAAUUUGAAACCAUUGAACGGCGACAGGAUGCUUCUUUAUGUCUCACACUGAGAGCUCUACUUUUCAAGAGGAAUAGAUUUAUCUUCAGGAACAGCCUCAUAUAUAUCAUUUCAACUAUUAUCGCUUUACUAAUAGUCCUAGUGAGCAUCUUAAUUUUAAAUAAAAAACCGUCUGAUAUUGGAGACCCUUCCUGGAAAAUUGCUUUAAGUGCUUAUGGUAACACAACAGUUUUUGGACGGGCGAAAGGUCGGUCAGCAAAUAUUGGUAGAAUAUAUGGUAAAUUGAUUUCAGACCAAAAAAGCAAGUUUGAAUUAGCUUAUGAUGUAUCUAGACGUAUUAUCGAAGAAGCUCAAAAAAAAGACUUGGUUUAUUUGCAUUAUAAAUCAAUUGUAGCAGCUGAAUUCACAGUUACGGGGGACCAGAAGCAGGAAACUUUGGAUGCUGUAGCCAUGUAUAACUGCUAUUCAUUGCACUCAGCUGCCAUUUCCUUCAACCUGAUAUCCAACGCCAUAGCAAAGUAUAGCUUGGGGGAAAGAUAUUCGAUUUCUACUAGAAAUCACCCGCUAGUUUUCAUAUCCAAGGGCGUGUACCAAAUGCAAGACUUUGAGACAAUUAUGUCGAUAUGGGCUGUGACAUUACCAUUAGCGGUCUUUUUUUUUAUAGCCCCGUUAAUUUUUCUCCCUUUUUCCGAAUUGUCCACACACUUUACACAAAGUCAAUUUACGUCUGGAGUACGACCUCUCGUUUACUGGAUACAUAACUUUUUCUUCGACUAUAUCUCCUAUUUGCUAUUCGCAUUAUUAGUGACCGUAAUUGUAACCCAAUUGAUCCCCCAGUUCAGAGGAGCGGACGCGUUUGGUGUGGUGUAUUUAAUCCUAGCACUAUACGGAUUGUGUAACAUACCAUGUGCUUACUUGUAUGGCAGACUGAAACUCUUUGGAAGUGCUUAUAUCAAUUUCAUAAUAUACAGCUGGUUGGCUGCGACUUUGGUGGUUGUCAUUUUUUUAUUGCGUACUGCUUUGCUCGAGCAAAAAGCCCAAAAAAUAUUCAAAGUCUUCGACAUAAUAUUUCUUAUCAUCUGCCCUCAAUACGGUCUCCCCCAUUUCGGGUUUCGAUUUGGGCUUAAAGCAAUUGAAAAUUAUAAUUUCGCUGUUUCGGACGAAAAAACCAGAUGCUUUGGCGGAAACAUGAAUCCGUGUUGCUUGGGAAACAGUCCCGCUUGUGAUAAAUGGAAGAGCUACAAAGACGUUUAUCAUCCUAACAUAUGGUGGAUGCUCUUAUGUGCGGCUAUUUACUUUUUGUUAGUUAUCUUACUGGAAUUGUAUUGUGUAAAAAUAGUUUUGAAUUGGGUAAAAAGUCUAAUAUGUUUGUGUCAUGGUCGUCAAAUCGAAGUAAAAAAAGACACUAGAGCAGAAAGAGCCGACCACAACACUUUACGGGCGAAAAACUUGAGGAAAUACUAUUGUCGUAAACGAGUAGUCGACAACGUCAGUUUCAGCGUGACGAAAGGUCAAUGCAUGGGUAUUUUGGGCGUCAAUGGUGCCGGCAAAACGACAACGUUUCGAAUGUUAACCAGAGAAACGAUAAUGGAUGAAGGAGCUAUUAGAAUAAACGCUCACAGUGUUGGAAAUAUUAAGUAUAUAAAGAGAUUAGGAUAUUGCCCACAAGAAAACGCACUGAAUCUUGCGCUAACUGGAAGAGACUUAUUAAAAACUAUGGCCAUGUUACGAGGAAUCAAGGACGACAAGAUAGUUGACCAAUUUUUGGAUAUGUUCGGCCUAAAAAGUAUAGCAAACAUUAAGUGUGCUCAUUAUAGUGGUGGAAACAAGCGAAGACUGACUUUUGCGAUGGGCGUGAUGGGUUUUCCGGAUUUUAUUUUACUGGACGAACCGACCACCGGCGUCGAUCCCUUAUCUCAGCAUAAAUCUUGGUCUCUUAUCAAACAAAUUAGAGACACAAAUCAAAACUCGUUUAUUUUGACUUCCCACAGUUUGAACGAAUGCGAAGCCGUAUGCGAUGACUUAAAAAUAUUGAAAGAAGGCGUUAUAAAGAAGGAAGGGCCGAUAGCUCUACUAAAAACCGAAGUGUGCGGUUUCAACGUUAUGCUGAAACUGGACAAAGAUAAGGUGGCCAAAAAGCAAGGAAACUUUCUUAAAACUGUUCCAGAGCUCAAAAAUUAUCUUAAGCAAAAAUUUCCAACAGCGGUUAUUAGAGACGAACAUUCAGGCUUGAUUCAUUACUACAUAAAAACCAAACAAAUAAAAUGGGCUCAACUGUUUACAACAUUCGAUGAUUUGAAACAAAGAUGUGAACUGAUCGAUGACUAUAAUAUUAGCGAGGCUUCGUUGGAAGAUGUAUUUUUGACAGUAGCCAGGGCUGAUGAUAAUGUGGAUACAGAGGAAGAAGAAAACGAUUGACGAUUCUACUAUGGAGGAAGAAAGUACCUACAGAAAGUAAAUACUCUUCAAAUUAAAAUUUCGCAGUAAGGUUUGCCCAGGCAUUAAAUUCUAGAACAGUCAAGUAUCAUAUAGGUAGAAGUACAUGUACAGAUUAUUUCGCCAUAAUAUAGCGUUACUUUUACAAGUAGAAAAAAAGUGUAGACUUCAAGAUUAUUUAUAGACUUCUUUAGUGGUUUCUAUAAGACUCUAUUACCAU